GCCCCAGCGAAAAAGACGGUUCCGAAGAAAAAUGCAAUGAACAACCCGAGGAGACAUCUAAAGAAUGUGAUGGCGAAGACUCUGAAGACGGUGGAAAGUUACAAAAAGCUGCGUUGAACGUGAGAAGCACUAGCACGAGAAGCAUUUAUAGCGCAAAACCCAAUGUAGUCAGUGCGAAAAUCAAUCAAAACGUUAAGCACACCAGAACGAAGACAACCGGUUUGGGUGGAAAGUCUGGAGAAUGUGACGACGACGACGACGACGACGGUGAGGAUGAAAUAGUAAACGAUGGCGAAAACUAUGGUGUAAGACAUGGACGUGUUGACAUCAACAGCCGGUCUACCAAUACUCAGUUGAAUAUAAAGAAGAACGUCAGCGUUAAGGGAAAAGUAAGCGGCGGAUACGGUGGUAAAUAUGAAUCGGUCCACAAGAAAACCAUGUCGAGCACUCGAGGAUUGGACGAUUACAGCGGCAAAGGCGAUAAUUUGGAACCGCGUGACGACGACAAUAGUGGCGACAGGAGUGGUAGUCGUAGCUGGGAAGACGACGACGAUGAUGACGAUGACGGCGAAUGCGGAGAAGAUAGCGGCGAAGACGCCUCGUCGGUUUACGAAUAUGCCAGCACGUACAAAAAGUACAACUUUGACGUAGGCCUGAACCAGGUGAGCAUAAUCGGAGAGGUAUUGACCAAAUUGGACCAACAGAGGUACAUGCUCUUCGACGACUUGGCGUAUCAUCAGGACUGCACCCGGCACGUGCGCAACAUGCAGCAUUUCCACUUCAUCAUUGUCGGAGCCGGCAAGGCCGGUUGCGUGCUGGCCAACAGACUGUCCGAAAACCCCAAAUGGAACGUGUUGCUGAUCGAAGCCGGCGGGCACCCGUUGCCGGCUACACAAAUCCCGUCGUUGUGGCCGCGGGUGCUGAACACCGAGACGGAUUGGCAAUACGAAAUCAACCCGAGCACGGCUACCGGAUACGGGAUUGCCGGCGCCAUGAAAAUCCACAAAGGCAUGGGUCUGGGCGGAGCCAGCAUGACCAGUGCACCGGUGUGGGCGAUAGGCAGCGAACAACUGUACAACGAGCUGGUGAAAAGAGGACUGGCCGAAUGGUCGUACGAGAAAUGCGUGGAAUAUUACAGGAAAAUCGAGAACGUCCGGUUCGACACCGACAAGUACGGCCGCGGCGGAUUGUUGCCCAUUAGCAAAUUCCACUGUACCGAGUGGAGCAUGCUGCAGAAAAUGAUUAUGGCCGGCUUCGUGCACGUGGGUUGCCCCGUGCAGAACGACAUCAACGAGCCGGCGGUCGAAGCGGGAUUCGUGUCGUUGAACGGCGUGUUACGGAACGGCAGGACGUACAACACGGCCAAAGCUUAUCUGACUCCGACGCUGGGCCGAAAGAACCUGCAGGUCAUGCAGCACGCCAGAGUGACGAAGAUCAUAAUGGACUCGCUAAACCUCAGAGCUGUAGGCGUCGAGGUCCGAACGAAAUACGGGCAAAUCCUGAGGGUUGACGCGGACUACGAGGUGCUGGUCGCGGCCGGCACGAUAGGAUCCGCCCAGCUGCUGAUGGUCUCCGGUGUGGGGCCGGAAGAGCACUUGAGAAAAAUGCACGUGCCCGUGGUCAAGGACCUGCCCGUGGGCAAGAACUUCCGUCACACCCCCGUGUUCGCCGGUAUCGUGAUGUCGUUCGACAAACCGCUGAUGCCCGUCCAGAGCCCCGAAGAAAUCGCGUUCAAAUACUUGUCCCGGUACAGCGGACCCCUUUCCAAUCUAAACGGUUUGCAGAUGGCAGCCUACUUGAAGACCGACGUCCAUCUGUCGUACGCCGACGUGGUGGUCCAUCUCAACUACGUGCCGGCAAAAUCCAUGUUGCGCCUCUGCGGUUUGCGGGCCGCCUACGGGUUCAGCGACCGCGUGAUGAACGCUUAUGCCGCGCUGAACGCCGAAAAAGACAUUUCCAUAAUCACGGUGACUUUGGUCAGUCCGCAGAGCAGCGGCCGGAUCAUCUUGAAGGGCUGUGACCCGCUGGAGAAGCCCACGGUGAUCGGCAACACUCUGGGCGACCAACGCGACAUGGACAGUCUGAUGAACGCCAUAAAGAUCAUAACCAAGCUGACCGAAUCCGAGGCCAUGCAGCUGGCGGGCAGCAAAUUGGAAAAAUUGGAACUCGAAGGUUGUGCCGUGUACGAAUUCAACUCGGACGACUACUGGAAGUGCGCGGUGAAAUACUUGGUCUCGUCCACUUCCAGCACGUCUGGAUCUUGUAGCAUGGGCUUGGAGACCGAUUGCACGGCCGUCGUCGACAGCAACUUGAAGGUGAUCGGCAUGAGCAACUUGCGAGUGGUCGGUCAAUCGGUUUUGCCGUUGUCGAUCAACGGCUACAGUCAAGCCGCGUCCGUAAUGAUCGCCGAAAGGGCUGCUGACAUCAUUAAAACUACAUACACUUCAUAAAAAUUGAUUUCUCAAAAAAAAAUAUAUAAAAAAUAAACGUCUAUGAACUGGUUUUUCGAAAAAUUAAUUGUACAAUUCUUGAAUACAGAAAAUAUUAUAAUUUAGCGGCAUUACAA